CAUUACUUCGGGCGGAACAGAGGAACAGUUCCCGGCGGUUAUUUUAAUCCCGAGGGCACGGCGUUCGCGAUCCCCUUGCCUGCCGGUGGAGAGAGCGAGACAGCGCGCGAGCGAGUCCUUCUCUGGCGCGAUGUCUCCCUCCUCGCCUAUAAAUACCUCGCCUCUCUCCCUCUCGAGUCUCCUUCCAAACCCUCCCACUCUUGGAAAUGGAAUCCCCCCUCUCCAUUGAUAACUGCCUCGAUCGGAAAGAAGUUGCUAUCUUCGUCACAGAAAUGGAUGAAAGAGGAAACAAUGAGGAAUCCUUGAGUUGUCGUAUUGAGCAACUUGAACGUGAACGUGAUGAGCUCAGGAAAGAUAUUGAGCAAUUAUGCAUGCAACAAGCUGGUCCUAGCUAUCUUCCUGUAGCAACUCGAAUGCAUUUUCAGAGGACUGCUGCUUUGGAACAAGAGAUUGAGAGUCUAAAGAAGAAGUUAGCUGGAUGCAUAAGAGAGAACCAGAAUCUUCAAGAGGAGCUUUCUGAAGCUUACAGAAUUAAAAGCCAGCUUGCUGAUCUGCAUGGUGAGGAAGUUUUGAAGAAUAAAGAAGCAGAGAAGCAGGUGAAGUUCUUUCAGAGCUGUGUUGCUUCUGCAUUUGCUGAACGAGAUCAAGCUUUGAUGGAGUCUGAAAAGGCUAAGGAACAAGAGGAAGCUGUGUCGCAGAAAUUAAUUGAUUUUGAGAAAAGAGUAGAGGAGCUUGAAUUGGCAUACCUGGAUGAAAAGAAACUUAGUGCUUCCUUACAGCUGGAAUUAAGGGAAUUGCAAAAGCAAAAUGAAUCAUUUGAGAAGGUUAUUAAUAAGUUUUAUGAGGUCCGUGAAAGGGACACUGGUUGUUCCACAGAUAGGACAUUGCAAGACAAGUGCUCAUGCCUUCUUAAUGAUCCUUCAGACAACUGGAUUUUUAGCAGUGACAGUAAAACCUCCACUUCGAAGUACAUUGCCUCUUUAGAAGAAGAAAAGGAGAUACUGAGAAACUCUAUAGACAAGCUUCAAAACAACUUACGCAUGGGGCUUGAUAUUGAACGACAUUUAAAAAGGAAUGUGCAAUCUCUGGAGAAAAAACAUAUUAUAUUAGAUGACUUCAUUAGAAAUGGAUUAUCAGCAUUGCACAAUUUUCAUAUUCAGCAGAGAUCUGAGGUCAUGAAAUUAUUGGAAGAAGAAGCUUCUAAAAUGAAUACAAUGCUUGUUGAGGUUCAGAAAAUGAUAGAUCAAAUUCACAUGAACCUUGAGGCAAACUCUGCGGUUUCUGAGAAAGGGCAGCAAUGCGAUGACACUGAAUGCAGGGAUGUGCAUAUUACGAGUGAUGUUGAUCCUACUGUUGUGCUCAAGAGUGGGCAUCCAACAGCAAGCAUUGUUGACAACAGAAUGACUGAUAUAUCCGAUGCACUUGCUCAAGCAUUGCAAGAAAAGAUGGCUGCACUAUUGCUUUUGUCCCAGCAAGAAGAGAGGCAUCUACUAGAGAGGGAUGUGAAUAAAGCUCUUCAGAAAAAGUUGGAGGAACUCCAAAGGAACUUAUCUCAAGUUACGAAUGAAAAGGUGAAAGCUCUUAUGGAAUUAGCACAACUAAAGAGAGAAUUUCAGCUAUUGCAGGAAAAUUGCAGCCAUAGUGUGAAACAUGGCAAUUAUUUGGCUGAUGAUUCGGACAAAAACGUAGCCAUUCAUGAGCGAGAAGGAAGAUUGAAGAAUCUUUUAAAGAAAACAUACUUGAAGCGUUGGAUGGGGAAUGAUCAUAGUCAACAUGAUGGUGAUAGUUAUGGAAGCUCUGGUGAAGGCAAUUCGAAUAAUAAGAAAGACCUCAAAUCCAUGGAUCUGGCAAGGUUGAAAAUUGAAAAUGCAGCCCUUCAGGAAACCAUGGCAAAUAUGGAACGUGUCACUUCUUCAGUUCGCAGGCUUCAUGUUUUACUUUUAAAGGUGCAAGAUGAUGCAGCAUCAGCUGGUCCUACUGAAAGUAUAAUUCAAGCAUUGAGCAACAUAAUCUCAGAGGCAAACCAUAUGAAGACAGCCCUUGGGAGCUCACUUCCUGUCAGCUGGUCUGGCAAUGAAGAGGAUGCUAUUACUUAUGAAAAUCUUUAUGAACCGACAGAGGCACCCAAAAUUGAGAAAGUUGACCCUGUUUCUGCUGCAGGAUUGGAGAUGGUGGAUCUCCUGAUACUAGCAGUUGAGCUCCAGAAGGAGAAUUUGAUAGUGAAGCAUGCUGGUUUGCAGAUUUGAGUGGAAUUUUAUCUGUCAGUUACUCGGGAAAUUCUCCAAACCUAUGUUGUAUCCUUGUCUACAUGUAUGUUAUAAAUUUUAUAAAUUAGUGCAUUUGUGUAUAUUUCAGGUGUUCUUUUUUUAGUUUCAAGUGUCUAUUUACCUGUUUAGAUUAUAAUGGCGGUACCACUAUUUUAUUUCCUACA